AUGAACCCCAAUAAUGGAUACUACGGGCAGUGGCCGCCAGGACAGCCACCGGAUAAUAGACGCUUCUUACCCGUUGCAGGUACUUUUGGAGAGGCUGCGCCAAGCUUGAUGCAACCACCUGCGCAGCAUGGCAGACAACAAUACCCCGUACAUUUCCCACCAAACGCCGUAUUUCCUCCUCAAGAGGUAUACCCACAUCCGCCUCCAUUCCAGCCUUCACUUCACCAUCAGCCGCCAGCCCGGAGUCCUUUCAUACCUCUCAUCCCACUCAGCGCUGUAGAGGAUUUGGAGGAAGAGGAGCCUCCGCCUUUCACUAGUGGAGGGUUCCAGGAUCCGUUCAAUAGAGCCUAUGCUACCAGUGGACCUGCAGUCUUUGAAGGAUUUAUCCCAGCCAACCCGGGGCAAGAGGACGAUGAUGAGUAUACCAACGCGACCAGAUUUCGUGAUUCGCGAUAUGACCGCGACUUUGAUAGUUCGGAUUCCGAUCAAGAUGACUUUCGGCUGACGAUGGAGGAAGAGGAGGAACUACAACGGAUCGAGAACAAAGAUGAUUCAGAAGUAGACGCAGACUACGAAUCGGAAGAUGCACAGGAAGAUGAAGGCGAUCCAGACGAAAUGGAGCUAGGCGUCGAGUUUGAGGAUACUGAAGAGCGGACAAAGUACAAGAGAGGAAAGGGUAGAGGCAGAGGCACACUCAAGACUCCAAUCACCGCCAGUAUCAUACCAGCGUCUAGCACCAGAGGGCGAGGUAGUGGAAAACGAGGACGUCCUUCGACUAGGGGUCGUGGCGGCAGAGGGGGCAAUAAUGGUGCCAGACCGACACCUCGGAAAAAGAAGCGAGGCAAGCCCGGAAGAGAAAAGGGACCCAGAGGUCCCCGAGCUGUUGCCGACCCGGGUGCAGAAUGGAAAGCACUGCAAAAGCAGGCCAACGCCAAGUUCAUCGAAAAGGACUACGAAGCUGCCCUUGCAUUUGCCCAGCAAGCCAUUCAACUCAAUCCCGAGAUCUUCGAUGCUUACAACAUUGCAUCCGAGAUCUAUACCGAGAUGGGUCGAGAGGAGGACUCAUUAGCUGUACUCCUGGCUGGUGCGCCAACUAAACGUGAUCCUGGUCUUUGGCAGUAUAUCAUCGAGCGCAUAGAACGAUUGGAUCCAGAGAAACAUCCCCAGUUUACAGACGAGAACAAAUCGGCUGCCAUCCUUCCAUGUUUGAAUGAGAUUAUCUUGCUCAACAACGACUAUGAAGCCCGAAGUCGCAAGCUUGAAAUUGAAGCGCAAUUGGGUCGUUCAUCCAAGUGCGUCGCACUCGGCCUCAAGAUGCUCAAAACACUCAAGGAACAGGGAGAUGAUCCGGAUGUCAGUGUAUUAAAGAUCAUGGCAAUGAUGGGUACUGCCUCUCCAAAACAGACUAGGAUACACCUUAACAAGCUGCUGAACAGCUUUGAGGAGGCCAUUGACGUUUUUACACAGCCUGACCGGGAUCCAGUCGAGAAUGAACUCGAUUGGGAGCUGAUCAAUAUUUAUCUCGAUCUCUUAGAUCGAGCUGGUAGCUAUGGUGUUGGUGUCACGCGACUCAAAGAGCUUGCCCGGUGGAAGCAGGGUAGGCGUUCCGAGACAUUCUGGGACGAGCUGAAAGACGAUCGCGAGUUCGACGUCGAAGAUGAGCCAAGACGCGUUACUGUGCCCCAAUUUGUCCGAGCAUCGCAGGAUGCAGCAUAUGGCGCAACCCUGCCAUUAGAGAUCAGGGUGAAGCUAGGCUUGUUUCGCUUACGCAGGAGCAAGGAUGACUUUGAAGAAGCGAUGCGUCACCUUGAGAUGUUGGAGCCGGAUAACCAUGACCCUGAUGCUCUGAUUUGGGACUACGAAGACCUAUUCCGUAUCAUUGGCGAUGCUCUUCACGCCACCGGCCAUGACGAACACGCGCUGCGAUUCUACGAGCCAUUAUUCGACAAGAAUUCGAAUGAGUUCAACCUCCAAAGUUACAUCGGCCUGCAUACAUGCUUCAAGAACCUAGAGAGGACCGAGAGGGCGGCAGAGGUGAUUCCAAUCCUGAAGAAGUGGCCGGCUGAGAACUAUGACGAUCUCGCUGUCCUUGCGAAGUUUUUUGAAGAUCAAGGCAUGUGGCAAGAAGCUGGGCAGCGCGCUGAGACCAUCUAUCGCGACAAGUACGGCCAUAAGCUCAAAGCGCUCGGGUUUGAGGCAUACGAUGAGCUCAGAGUGUACUACUACAACCAGCGAAGGCAAGCUCGUGGUCGAUAUGGUGUUCGGAAAAGCACGGUCAGAAGGAAUAGGAAAAGGAUGCAGAAAGCAACAGGUCAGACAGGUGAAGAGGAGGAUUCUGCAAACGAAAACGGCAAUGUGGAGCUUCCCGCACUCAUUGCCCCGACCGAACGCCCUAAGAAGGGUUUCUUCCGAACGAAGAGAGCCAAGGCGCCCAAGGUUCAGGCGUUCCUUGAUGUCCGUGAUGAAGACGCCGAUACAGGUCCCGAUCCUGAACCGAGACGAACUACACUUGAAGGCACCGACGUGCCGUAUCGAGCGAUCAAUAACAGACUGUUUCGCCAUAAGCUCCAGAAACUGGCGACAGAUCACGCCGAAGACCUCAAAGCCGCUCGAGCUCAGCACCGGGAGAUCGUUUCCAGUUUCAAGCGACUGGAGGAGAUGUGGGAAAUGGCAGAGGACGGGGACGAAGAUGCUAUACAUGAAGUUCUGUCCAUUACCCGUGAGCUCAUCGAAGAGUUUUCCACAUUCGAUCUGUUCUACUCAAACCGGAAGGAAGAUCUCAUGACCUACUUCCGUCGCGUCACAGGUGGCGAUCUCUGGAAAGAGUCUUCGCUGAUGGUACUUGCUGUGGUAGCAAACAACGUUGAAGACGGAGAGACAGAUCCCGAGCUACGCGAGCGACCAGAUUCGGCUCCAUCUGAUUUCUGGGGUAUUCAUUUUGACAAAUGGUGCGAUGCAUUCGGUCGCUAUGCUAUUCUGCUUGCCAGUGAAGGAGAUGAAGAGCAAUGUUUCGCUACACUCGACAUCGCCACUCAGGCCAAUGUCUUCCAUCGCAACCAAAAAUACCACCAACAAUUACAGCUUUGCCGCCUCACAUGCGCUCUCGCAGCGGACAACUCGCGUCAAGCGUCUGUAGCAACACGAUGGCUCCUCAAAGAAUAUCCAUUCGGUACCGACCUCUUCCGUCUCUACGGCGCUGUCAACCGUCUAUGUUCCUUUCCGGAGGGAUUUGCAACAGGGCCGGCGUACAAAGUGCUCAUGCGCUAUAUCAAGACUAUGGACUACGCGCUUCUGACCCCAGCACAGCGCGUUGCAUACAACUUCCGCGACACAAAGGACAGCAAAGGAGGAUUCAGAAACAACAUCAACGUCGAAGACGUAGAUAAGGUCAAGGAUCACGAUCCCGCGCUGUUUGCAUUAUACGGACAUGUCUUGAUGUGCGGUGGAAGCUACAUGGCUGCACUCAACUACUACUUCCGCGCCUUUGCCAUCACACCUGAAGAUGCAGUAUUGAAUCUGAGUAUUGGCGUGGCGUACAUUCAACAUGCGAUGAAACGACUGUCUGAGAACCGACAGUACCAGAUCCAACAGGGUCUGUCGUUCGUCUACAGAUACUAUGAUAUGCGCUCCAAAAGCCCUCAUGCUAUCCAUCAGCAAGAGGCGGAGUUCAACGUCGGGAGGAUGUGGCAUGGGCUGGGUCUUGUCGCGCAGGCACUUCCGGCGUAUGAAAGGUGUUGCGCGCUUAGUGACAAGGUCAAACAGGAGGCAGAAGAUCAGUGCCAUGAUGGGAAUUGGGGGUACGAAGACUUCGGCACGGAUGCCGCCUUUGCUAUGCAGAGCAUCUAUGCUAUCACCGGUAACUUCGAAGGUGCUCUGGAUGUUACGGAAAGGUUGCUCGUCAUUGAGUAA